AUGAAUCAUCUUUCGGAUCUCGAAAAGGGUCUGGAGGACGGUCUUCAGCUCGACAAAGACCCGCUGGUGGAGAUGGUGGAUGAGGAGAACCACAAGCAGGAGGAGGAGAUACCCGAAAAGUCAUAUGGAAAGUCAUAUGACAAAUCAUGUGACCACGACCCUCAGGAGGACUACAGCCAUCACAAACUCGCGUCCAAAUCCCAAUCGCCCGACCCGGACAGCAUAAGUAAUCACAGUACAGUGGCUCCGCCAUACACCAUCUUUGACGGCAGUGAUACAUUCAUUUUGAUUUCCGUGGCGUGUGCAGCGGCCUUCUUUUCGUCGCUUUCAAGCCCAAUCUAUCUUCCUGCCAUGCCCAUUCUCGAAAAGAAGAUGCAUGUCAGUACUGAGCUCAUCAACUUGACGGUGGUUGUAUACAACUUGUUUCAGGGUCUAGGGCCUGUGGUUUGGGGAGCUCUUGCCGAUGGAUAUGGACGGCGGCCUGUUUAUUUUGGCUGCUUGAUUGUCUACAUUGGAGCCUGCGUCGGCCUGGCUCUAGUCAACUCCUAUGGAGUCAUGAUGUUUCUGCGAUGUCUUCAGGCCGCAGGUAUAGCUGCAACUGUGAGUCUAGGAGCCGGGGUAGUUGGUGAUAUCACCACCCGAACCAACCGCGGAAAGAUUAUGGGCAUCUUUCAGGGCUGGGCGCUGCUAGGAGGCGGAUUCGGACCUCUGAUUGGAGGAGGGUUGACCGAGGGGCUAGGAUGGAGAAGCAUUUUCUGGUUUCUGGUGAUUGCCAGCAGCUGCACUCUGCUGGCUGUCUAUUUGCUUCUGUCUGAGACGAGACGAUCGUUUGUGGGAAAUGGCACAAUCUAUCCCGAGUACUGGAUCCAUCGAUCUCCCUGGAUGAGAGUGUCUCCUCGAUUGAGGAAAAGAAUCCAUAAAGACGGAGGAGGAGACAUGGAUACACUACAGCCACGGACUAAGCCUCAGUAUCUCUCCUUUCUGCUCAUUUUGAAAGAACCAGACGUUUUACUCAUUCUGUUUGCGGCGUCUCUUCAUUAUGCUGCCUGGUUCAUGUUGACUACAGCUCUGGCUUCGUCUCUGGCCGACGUGUACCAUUUCAAUUCGCUGCAAAUCGGUCUGGGCUUCAUUUCUAACGGAAUGGGCUCCAUUGUGGGCUCCUUUGUAUCCGGAAUCAUGAUGAACUUUUACUAUCGCAAAAAGUUGGAAAAGUAUAGACAGGAGUGUCUGGGCAAAUGGAGACAGGAGGAGGUUGUCAAGAGAGGAUUGCAAGACGAAUCUGAGGUCGACGACUCGACCUUUGAACUCGACGAAUCGAAAUUCGACAUUCAUGGAGCCAGACUCACUCUCUGCCUGCCCAUGUCGGCCAUUCUGGCAGUAGGAAUCAUUGUCUACGGAUGGACCAUUGAGUACGAGGUGCAAUACGUGUGUCCCUUGGUCUUCACCUUUUUUGUCUCUUUUGGCGCCAUUUCCUAUCUCAACUUUGCCUCCACUCUUUUGGUCGACAUUUAUCCUGAAAAGGCCGCUUCUGCUAUGAGUUGUGUCAACUUUGUGCGGUGCAUUAUUGCCGCUGGAAUGAUUGCAGCGGUGGACCGGAUGAUUCAGAGCCUGGGACAGGGAGGCUGUUUCACACUCAUUGGCGGCAUCUGCCUGCUUAGUAAUGGUUGCACUAUGGCUGUGCAUAGAUGGGGACCUCGGUGGGUGGCCAAGAGAAAUGCAAAGAAGGCGUGA